AAGUUGUUGUUGGACGGACAAGAAAAGUUCUUCAGGGAAACGGGAGGUCUCCCCCUCCAAGCUGAGCCAGCACGUCUGGAACGUAUGGGGGGCCCCAUAUAUAGAUGCUUUCCUUGUCUAGGAAUCAUUACUUGUCCUUCCUCACACUUCCCAACAGAUUCCCAUUCCUUCAGCAGUCGGACAUCUCCCCGUGUCUGACAAUGGCUCUCAAUGUCCCUGGCUUGGUCGCCGUCAUCUUCUUUUAUGCCAUGACUCUUCUCACCGGGCUCUGGGCUGCCUGGAAAGCCAAAAAGAGUGAGAAGAACAAAAAGCAAACAGAGGUGGCUAUCGUGGGGGGUCGCAACUUGAAUGUAUUUGUUGGACUCUUCACCACCACUGCCACAUGGGUUGGAGGUGCCUACAUCAAUGGGACGGCAGAAAUUGUCUAUCUUCCCUCAAGAGGACUAGCGUGGGUCCAUGCUCCCUUAGGGUUUGCUGCAACCUUCAUUAUCGGAGCACUUUUUUUUGUCAAGCCCAUGAGGUCCAAAAACUAUGUGACAAUGAUGGAUCCGCUCCAGGAGACUUUCGGGAAUACAAUGGGGAGUAUUCUUUUCCUCCCGCCGCUGCUGGGUGACGUGUUCUGGUUUGCCUCCAUCCUGGCCUCAUUGGGAGCCACCGUGAGUGUGAUACUGGAUGUGAAAGGCUCCGUGUCUAUUAUUAUAUCAGCUUGCACGGUGAUAAUAUACACAUUGCUUGGGGGUUUGUAUUCAGUCGCCUACACGGAUGUGAUUCAGCUUCUCUUUAUGAUAAUCAGUCUGUGGAUUUGUGUACCAUUUGCUCUUCUAAACUCAGCAUCUGAAAACAUUGCUUACACAGCAGUGAAUGCAUUGUACCAAGCGCCGUGGAUUGGUAAAAUACAGCCAGGAUACAUUGGAAGAUGGCUGGAUGAUUUCGCAUACCUGAGCCUGGGAGGCAUUGCAUGGCAGACAUAUUUUCAGAGAGUACUUGCUGCUUCCUCUUCCAAGAAAGCCAUGGUCACAUCCUACCUUUCAGGGUUGCUUUGUGCUGUGAUGGGGGUUCCGUCUAUUCUGAUUGGUGCUAUUGCUGUCUCUACAGACUGGAACCAGACUAGCUAUGGCUUGCCAACACCCUAUGAGAGAAGAGAGUCGAACAUGAUAUUACCCCUGGUCCUGCAGUAUCUUUGUCCUACCUAUGUGUCUGUUGCUGGGUUAGGAGCCAUAGCAGCAGCUGUUAUGUCCUCUGCUGAUUCAUCACUUUUGUCGGCCAGCUCCAUGUUUUCGUACAACAUAUACAAAAGGUUGCUAAGGAAGAAGGCUUCUGAAAGAGAAGUCCUCUGGGUGAUGCGUCUCUCAAUGGUUCUGCUUGGAUCAGCUGGGACGGGCCUAGCGUUUCUGUCCAACUCUGUGUAUGACAUGUGGUUUCUCAGUGGUGAACUGGUGUAUGCGAUCUUGUUCCCGCAGCUUUGUUGUGCCCUCUUCAUCCCUGGCACCAACACCUAUGGUUCGGCAGCUGGCUUCAUACUUGGCUUUGUUCUGAGACUUCUGGGUGGAGAAAGUGCCUUGAAGAUCCCUCCUGUUCUCCAUUACCCAGGAUGCAUUCUUGUUGAUGGCGUCUUCAUACAGCAGUUUCCAUUCAAAACAUUCACCAUGACCGUGAGCUUGAUCACCAUUGUUGUCGUUUCUUAUUUGGCUGAGUUUUUGUUUAUGAAAAAAAUAUUGCCCCCUCAGCUGGAUGUCUGCAAUGUAUUUAGAAAAGAGACGUCUCGUCUGUCUCAACAGGAGUUGGAGGAACAGGCGAGUCUCCAAAAGACCUGACUACAGGGAAACCACUGCUAGCUGCCAUAUAUAUAUAAAUCUGACAUUAUUUUGCUCUACCCCGAUUAUUUGCUUUUAUUUAUCCUACCUGAUAAAACAUACAUAGGAAUAGAUAGACUAUACGGUCAUGUAUCAAUCAAACUGCUCCUUAACUUGACAGCAACAGGUAAACCAUUACCUAAAGGGCACCAGUACUCUAGAAAUAUAUAUAUAUGUAUAGUGUAGUGGCCUGUUGUGUUUUCUCUACAGUUAUCAUUUAUAGGAUUUAAAUAUAUAAAUAUGUGUGUCCAUGUGUCAUUAAAUCAAAGAUGACAAAGAAACAAUAAAAUAUAAUGAAGAAUAAUAAAGUGGGACAACAGGAGGGGAAAAAAUGGGGUCUGGAAAGAGCAGUAUCAGACUAGAGGCCUACCAGAAAUCCUUAGACAGCAGGCCCACCUUUCUUCGUCGACUCGACUCACACUCUCCUUUUCCUCUUUUCUUUUCAUACUAUUACCUUACUAAGUUUUUCCCUUACAGAAAUGGGGAGUGGACCUGAUAUAGGAAUAGAAAGUUGAAUGGUUGGGGGACCAGGAGGGCCCAUGGGGUAUUUUGACCCACCGGAUAUAUUCCUGGUAUGAUGGUGGGUCAGUCUGACAUUGAGAAGGAGAAGAGAAAGAGAUGAAAUGCAAAGCAGGAAGGUAUAGAGAGAAAGCAAAUGGAGAGAAAGAAAAGAAGUAAGAUUAGAGUGAAUCAUGGAUAAACAUAAGGAAAGAGGAAAAAUGAGAUCACAAAGAGGAAGAAGAUGAACAGCAAGAAGACAAAACAAUCAGGGAAGACAGCAGAUAGGAUGAAUGUAAAUAAACGUUUAAUUAUGGAUUUUGCAUCUCUUUACUAAGAAAGUAUAACCUAUUUUAAUACAUACGCAUUAUGGAUGUAAGGUUAUAUAUAUGAAUGUUUAUAAAGAAUGUAUUAUAAUAAAAGGCAUUUAUUGAGCUAAAAAGACCAAA